UCUCUUUCAUUGUUAUCUUUUUCAUAAAAAACCAGUGUCUUUUGUGUGUGAAGAGAGAGAAAGAGAGAGAUGGCAGCAUCAGUAGUGCCGGAAUCCAUCGUGGAGGCAGCGACGAGAACUUGUAGCAACCUUGAAAACUUCAGAAGUCACUUUUUGGAGUUCUUACCUCUCUGCGACGCCGAAACUCUUGCGGAAUUGCCGCCUCUACAACGGGCAGAGACUAUUCUCUUGCUUGCAAAAGCCACUACAACUCUUUUGACCUUGAGGCUAAGGUGCAACGGAAUUGAUCCUGACGACCACUCCUUAAAAUCAGAGCUUGAGAGGUUGAGCUUGUAUGAAGACAAAUUACAGCGCUUCAUUGGUUUAAGUAAAGAACCAUUGAGGCGUUCAACAAUCUUAAACACCCAGGCAGCAACACGUUUCAUUGAGCAUUCAUUGCCUGAUCUUACGCCGGAGCAGAGACAGAGUAUGAGGGAAAUAAGCCAAGGAGAUGAUGGUGUGAGGAUGAAAUAUUUGGAGAGAACAAUCCAUAAGAAGAGGAAAUAUCAACCAGAGAAACAAUCUGUUCCUACUGCUGCCAAGGAGUUUCUUGAGAAAGCAGCUCGUGAACUUCUCGGAGAUAAUGCCAAUAAUGGCUUUAAGGGUCCUUUACAACUUCAGCCCAAUGCAUCAAAAGAAGACAUAUGAGUUUAUUGCUGGUUGGGACAGUGAUGUAUGCAUAUCUCUUCUCGAGCUGAGCUGAUUUGAAGGGUAAAAUAUCAAACCAAUCGUGCAAACUUGAAUCCGACUUCUGGUUUUUGAUUGGCUUCUGCGCAUAGUUAAUAUAUGCUGAUAGUUUCAUUGCUAACUAUUCAGCCGGUAUGUCCUAUCCCAAACUGUGUAUUGAUUACAAUUUUUAUGAUUUCUAACUUUAGAAAUGGCUGUUGUUUUAUUACACUUUAGUUCACACAAAUCUUUUCCAACAAUAGUGAAGCCAGUUAUUCAU